AUGGCCCCAGGGCUCAGUGCUUCUCCACCAGUUGUGCUUCUGCUCCUGUCCCUGCUGGGUCUGGCUGCUGCUGGGAAGCUCCUGGUGGUAUCGGUGGAUGGGAGCCCCUGGUUCAGCAUCCGGGAGGGGCUGGAAAUGCUCCAGCAGAAGGGACACGAGGUGGUCGUGGUGGCAUCUGAAGUCUCCUUGCACGUCAGACCAUCAGAGAACUUUGUGAUGAAAAUGUACCCGGUCACCUACACACGGGAAGAUAUGGACAAUGCAUUCAAGGCAUAUUUUAAUAUUAUAUUUGAAGAUGGAUCUUUUUUUGAAAGAUUUUUUAAAACAGUAGAAGCUUCGAAAAGAUUCACUGAUUUUUGUUUCUCCAGCUGUGAACAGCUCUUGCGAAACAAGGAACUCAUCAGGUACCUUGAGGAGAGCAAGUUUGAUGCCAUCCUUACAGACCCAUUUAUGCCCUGUGGGGUGAUCCUGGCUGAGCAUCUUUCCCUUCCUUCUAUCUAUUUCUUUCGAACAAUCCCUUGUGGGUUAGAUUUUGAAGCCACUCAGUGUCCCAAUCCUCCUUCCUAUGUGCCCAGAUCAUUUUCAGACCUUACAGACCGCAUGACCUUUUUCCAGCGAGUGAAGAAUCUGCUCUUUGACACCCAAAACCUUUUCCUCUGUAAUUUUGUCUUUGACCCAUUCUCAAAACUGGCUUCAGAGUUCCUGCAGCGCGAUGUGACUGUGCAGGAUCUCUUACGCAAGGGCUCUGUUUGGCUCCUGAGGUUGGAAUUUGUGCUAGACUAUCCAAGACCCUUGAUGCCCAACAUCAUUCCAAUUGGAGGAGCAAACUGUGCUCACAAGGAGUUGCCUCAGGAGGCUUGA